AAGGGCCUGUUACCUAUCUGUUCCUACUAUAUCUUUCUAAUUUGUGGUUGUAGCUGUUCGUCAGCUGCUUGUGUUGUGUUCAGGUUUCUUUUUUCGUGUUCAGGUUCAUAAAUUAGAAAUAUGUUGCUUGUGUUCGUUGUGUAAAGUUUAUCUAAGUCCAACAAAUACUCUGAUUUACUCUUUGAAUUUCGGUGUUUACUUACACCAUGAGUACUUUAAAAGAAAUAGAAAUCGAGUUAAAAGAUAUCGACAAUGAGUUACAGAACGUGGAUGUUGAGCUAGCGCAGCUCAAGAGACGGCAGCGGGAUUUACAACAGAAGAAAACUUUUCUAAAAGAUACUAUUAACAAAAUGAAAUCUGAAGCUUUAGCUGUCGUUGACUGGUCACAGAAUAAUUACGAGUGGUCUGACGAUGUACAAAGAACUCUGAAGAAUGUUUUCAAGAUAGAUACAUUUAGGCAAAAUCAGUUGAUUGCUAUAAAUUCUACAUUAUCAGGUCAGCAUGCCAUUGUAGUUAUGCCCACAGGCGCCGGUAAAAGCCUGUGCUACCAGCUGCCGGCGCUAGUAAAACCUGGUCUCACAAUUGUUGUAUCACCCUUAAUAUCACUCAUGGAGGAUCAAGUAAGAUCUUUAUCGAACAAAAACAUUCCAGCAAUGUUAAUAACUAGCAAAAUUGCCAAAGAAGUGAACAAAGAAGUGUUAGACAUUCUGAAAAAUAAAAAUUCCCUAGUGAAAUUGCUAUAUGUGACUCCUGAGAGGUUUGCCAAAAGCAAAAGGUUCAUGUCUAAUCUGGAGAAAUGUUAUACUGAUGGUAGAUUGCAGAGAAUAGCUAUAGACGAAGUACACUGCUGCUCACAAUGGGGACAUGACUUCAGGCCUGACUAUAAAUUCCUUGGUAUAUUGCCUAAGAUGUUCCCUAACACACCCAUAUUGGGGUUGACUGCAACAGCUACUUCGACUGUUCUGGGAGAUGUACAAAAAAUCCUUAAUAUUCCUGGUAGCCUGGUUAUUAAGUCACCCUUUAACAGACCCAAUUUGUUCUACAAAAUUUUAGAGAAACCUUCAUCACAAGAAGAAUGCUUAUUAAUUUUGGAAAAAUUACUGAAAUAUAGAUAUAAAGGUGAAAGUGGUAUAAUUUACACGCAUAGCAUAAGAGAUUCAGAAGACAUUGCAGAAGGCCUUCGCAAAAGAGGAUUGAAAGUAGGCUGCUAUCAUGCUAACAUGGAAGCAGACACCAGAAGUAAAGUCCAUACAAAAUGGUAUGAGAAAUACUACCAAGCUAUAGUAGCUACUGUUGCAUUCGGAAUGGGCAUUGAUAAGCCAGAUGUAAGAUUUGUUAUACAUCACACAAUUAGUAAAUCUAUGGAAAAUUACUACCAAGAGAGUGGAAGAGCUGGCCGUGAUGGACAGAGAGCUGAAUGUGUGACUUUGUACAGAAUGCAGGAUGUUUUUAAAGUCAGUACCAUGGUAUUUUCUUCUGUCGGAGGCACAGAACAUAUGUAUGGUAUGGUUAGAUAUUGUCUUAAUGGAUCUUUGUGCAGAAGGCAACUUAUAGCUGAACACUUUGAUGAAAACUGGGGUGAUGCAGAUUGCAACAAGAUGUGUGACGUUUGUGCUUCACAGGCAAGCGUCACAAGAGAAGUAGAACUUAAAGAUCAUUGUAAAACCUUGGCGCUCAUAAUUGAAAAUGCCUUAAACCAAGACACAAAGCUGACUGCACAAAAACUCUUGGAUGCUUGGUUUUUGAAAGGCCCUGUCAAUUUGAGGCAUAAAGGCAAAGAACCAAAUUUUUCUAGAUCAUUAGGUGAAGAUGUUAUUACCUAUCUAAUACUGGAAGGAUAUCUAGAGGAAGAUUUUCAUUUUACAGCAUAUUCAACAAUAAGUUAUAUAAAGCAUGGUGUUCAUAUGGAUUUAGUUAAAGACCCUAACUUUACUUUGAAGAUGCCAGUUAGGAAGUAUACUCCCUUUGAGCUGGAAUCUCCAGCACCAAAAAGUUACACACCAACUACGGAAUGCAAUGGCAAAACUGAAAAUAACAGGGGAUCAAAGGAAACUAAAUCUGUUACUCCAAAAGUAUCUACAACAACAACUUUAGACAAUAAUAGUGAAACUGGGAACAAAAGUGAAUCUAAGAAAAGAAAAUCACUUGCAUCAAAUGAUCCUAAAUACAAAAGAAUAAAAACGAUAGUAAUUGAUGAUGACGAUUAAAAUAAAGA